CUCACAACACAACUCGCAUAAAAAGAACAAUCUAGAAGAGAAAGAUAGCAUCCAUCUGCCUUGCCCUCUACUUCAUUCCAUUGCUUCAGUCGAAUCGUCUUCCUCUCUCAAUCUAAGUAAUUUCUAAAGGUUACCCAAUCGAUAUGGCUCAAGAACUUGCAGCUAAGGCUAAAGAGGCCUUCGUAGACGACGACUUCGAUGUUGCUGUUGACUUGUACUCCAAAGCCAUAGACUUGGAUCCCAAUUGCGCCGAAUUCUUCGCCGAUCGUGCCCAGGCCAACAUCAAACUCGAAAACUUCACCGAAGCCGUGGCAGAUGCAAGCAAAGCAAUUGAGUUGGAUUCUUCAUUGACCAAAGCUUACCUAAGAAAAGGAACUGCUUGUAUGAAACUUGAAGAAUAUCGGACAGCUAAAAUAGCUCUUGAAAAGGGUGCUUCCAUUGCGCCGAGUGAAUCCAAAUUUAAGAAGCUGUUGGAUGAAUGUGAUCUUCGAAUCGCAGAAGAAGAGAAAGAUUUGGUUCAACCGGUACCAACGGCUUUGCCUUCACCGAUAUCGGAAGUUGAUGUUAGCCCUGCCCCUGCAGCACCAGCCAAGGCGAAGUACAGACACGAGUACUACCAAAAGCCAGAAGAAGUUGUGGUAACUAUUUUCGCAAAAGGGAUACCGAAGCAGAACGUUAACAUCGACUUUGGUGAACAAAUUCUGAGUGUUGUGAUUGAUGUUCCUGGAGAGGAGGAGGCGUAUCAUCUCCAGCCGAGAUUGUUUGGAAAGAUAGUACCAGAUAAGUGCAGAUAUGAAGUCUUGUCAACCAAGAUUGAGAUCCGUCUUGCAAAAGCCGAUAUAAUCACAUGGGCCUCCCUUGAACAUGGCAAAGGGCCAGCUGUUUUGCCAAAGCCAAAUGUCUCAUCAGAGGUUUCACAGAGACCGGCGUAUCCUUCUUCGAAGAAAGUAAAGGACUGGGACAAGCUGGAAGCUGAAGUGAAGAAACAGGAGAAGGAUGAGAAGCUGGAAGGAGACGCAGCUUUGAACAAAUUCUUCCGUGAGAUAUACCAGAAUGCGGAUGAGGAUAUGAGGCGAGCGAUGAGCAAAUCAUUUGUGGAAUCGAAUGGGACAGUUCUGUCUACAAAUUGGAAAGAGGUUGGGACUAAGACAAUCGAGAGCACUCCUCCGGAUGGUAUGGAGCUCAAGAAAUGGGAGAUCUGAUCUGAUUUGGUCCUUCCUUUGAUGCAUUUGUGGGUUUUGCCUAAAUCUUGGACAAAUUUUAAAACCUGGUCCCUUUCGUCCUGUAAUGAGAUACGGUUUUGCUUUUGCUAAAUAUGGCUUUCUCUACUCUUGCUAUUUGGUAGGUUUUGCUUUUGUUAAAUAUGGCUUUCUCUACGCUUGCUAUUUGGUUUGUUAUGGUCUUAGUACAGUUUUUGUAUUUUCCCUUGGAACUCAACUUUUUGAUGUUUCAUCUGAAUGUUCUCAAUUUCGUCAAGAUCACUAUCUUUUUUUUUUAA